AUGGGCGAAGAAGCGCAGAGACUUGGUCAAGUCUUGAAAGAAUACAGCCGCAGAAUGAUGAUCGUUCUUCGAAGCCAGUCAAACGUCGACGACAAGGCAUUGUGCGGAAAGUACAAGGACAUCAUCUCUCAAGCUCUUGACGUCGUGAGGGACCUCGAUCCUUUCCAACCUGGCACGAUGCAACAAGCACGUGAUGCCGUAGAGCGUAUCCUUCUGCAAAACCAAGAAAGGACGGCUUUCGAAGAUAUGAACCUCUUUGGCGCAUUCAUGAAGGUCGUCGGUGAUGACGUCAACGACAUCGGACAGAGAUUAAUCGACCGAGGCAUUAAACUGUGCGGGAAUUUCGUCAUCGAAGAUGGAUUGACAGACUUUGAGAAGAAGAACUUUAAGUACUGCGCAGAAGUUUUCAGGUUGAGUUCCAUGCAAAACUGGCAAGAAUAA